GGAGGGGGAACACUUCCGGUAGCUGGGUCAAAAUACCCGACGGGGAAAGGAAGCAAGUGAAAAAUCCCUACCUAAUUCCCUAGACGCUAACUGGUGUGGCCGGAUGUUGUUAUUUGCUUUUGUAGUCAUUCUCGUCACUGUGGGAUGUAUGGACUAUGAGUAUAGCUAAAAUGUAGCAUUGAAGAUGAUUUGUAGAGAAGAUGCUGAAAUACAUGUCUUCUUCAAAUUUAUUAGCUUAUAAAGUGCAGUUUUAAGGAAAAGCAGUAAGUCUAACUAUUUCUGGGAUACAAUAAUAUAUCAGUUUCUGAAGAAAUAGCAGCUUCAUGAUAUUUUCUCUUCCAAGGAUUAAUUGUGUAGUUGCUAAAAGUUGUCGUUGAAAAUGAUAUGUAGAGGGAAUGCUGAAACACGUGUCUUCUUCAAAUUUGUCACCGUAUAAAGUACAGUUCUCAAGGGACACAGUUAGUUUGUCCAGUUUUGGCAGUUCAGGGAUUCAAGAAUCAAGUAGAUCUUCAAGUACUAGCAGCUUACAUGACUCACGUCCUUCCAAGAUAACCAUUAAAGUGUACACAAAAGUCUUAUGUGCAGAUAUGGAAUACAAAACCCUGUGUAUCACUCCACAGACCACUAGCAAAGAUGUUGUGAGGAUGUUGCUGUCUAAGUUCAAAGUGAAGCAUAGAGACCCUAAUUUAUUUUAUCUUACAAUGGAAGUUUGGGUUCGGAAAACAGGUAUUCCAAUCAGAUCUGUUGUUAGCUUGGAAGAUGAUGCUCAUCCAGCUGAGCUUCAAGUUUGUCAUCCAAGAGGAGAAUCUAAAUUUUCCUUAAAAAUGAGAAGAGGUGGCUUAGUGAAAGUGUUUGGAGGCAGUUGUUUGAUGGCCGGGUCAUUAUAUAAAAGUCUUCUGGUAUCUGAUAAAACAACCACUAGUGAUUUAAUUCAACUAGUUUUAAACUGCUACAAUUCACGGGAAGCAAUUGAAAACUUUUCAAUUUAUGAAAUUUCUUGCAAUAAAGACUAUGAAAGACAACUAUUAAGUAAUGAAUAUCCUCUUCAAAUUCAACAACUAUGGCCUACUAAAGAACAGUUUGCAUUUCAACUACGGCGAAAUGUGGAAGGAUUUCAAAAGCAAAUCAAUUUAAAGGUGCCUUGGUUUAAAAGCCAUGAGAAAUCUAAUCGGACAAAUGUACAGUGGAUUUAUGAAAAAAAUAAUUUGAGAUUGCAAGCACUUUCAGAAAAUGAAGAUGCUUUUAAUACUUAUGAAAACUGUUUUUAUAUAUGAAGUUUACUAGUCUGUUUGAGAUGUAUUUUAUAUUGUUAAAAUAUUCUUCAUUUACAUAAUUUAUAUUCUUGUCAUUGUAUUGUUUUACACCAUAAAGUAUUGUAAAUUUUUUGUGCAAAUAAUUUUACAUAUUUUUUUUGUAAAUUUUUAUGUAGAUUGAUAUCUAUGUAUUGCACCAGUCACUUCUUUUUUAUUAUUUGAGUCAUUCUUUAGAAAUGAACAAAUGUCUACUUGAUAUCAUUCUACUAAUGAUUCUUCGAUUUGUUAGUAUUUUACUCAACCUUAUAAGGAUGUUUUAAUGUCUAGGAUAUGAAUUUAUUUUUUUUUAAAAAAAUUAUCUUCUAAAAAAAGUAUAUGGACAGCUACAAUGCCUCCCAUCAAGUAUAAUUUUAUGUUAUUACAGGAAUGUUAAAGACAUUGACUGUCCUGCAAUUUAUAUGAGUUUGUUUUUCCUUAGCUAUCAAAUUAUGAUAAGUCUAAAACAAUUAGCUAUUUUUUUUAAACAAGCCAUUUAUCUUUUUUAUUUUGCAAUUUUCUAACUUUUUAAGUGUAUACUUGUUAAAACAAUAGUUCUUAUAGAGCUUAACUUCUUCCCUAUAGUUGUUGUUGAACUUUUAUGUACCUGAUCAUGAUUUAUUUAUUAUUGCUGUUUCCAGUCAUGUAAAUUUACUGUCAACUAUAAAAUGUACAUAAUUUCAUUUAUGUUUAGAAAAUCACUUAUAAAGGUAUGUCACCAUGACUGUACAAUUUACUCAUUACUGUAAUAACACAGUAUGAUGCAUUCAAAAUUAAGUUAACUAAAUCUUUUUAAUGUUGGAAAAAUAAAUAAUGGUGAUUAAGUUCGCUUUUUUAAUUUAAGUUCAUUACCAUUUUAUUUAAGCUUGUUACAAUAAAAAUUUGCAAUAUAUUAGAGAUUAUGCAGCAUUUCCAAUUAAUUUAAAUUGGGAAAUAGAAGUAAACAACUUAAUGUUGGAUUUUCUGGUAAUUGUAGAAGCUAAUUUUUCUGUUCUAAUAAGUGCCUUACCUCCAGUGCAAUUUUUAAUUAAGAAAUACUCAUUGUUAUAUGAAUUCUUCAUUAAUAACUUUAUCCUUUAAUGUGCCUUAAGAUAUUGUGCCUAUUUUUCUACUUCAUUUCUACAUUUCUCUACUUCAUUGUCCCUAUUAUUCUACUUUAAUGCUGUCUUUGUGGGGGAAUACAUUUAGGAUGAAAAUAAAAUAUCUCAGAAAGUUGUGAUCCAAUUUUAAUGUGGCUUAUUUUAUAUGAUAAAGCUUAUUAAUAUCUUGUAUGGUGUAAUUGCUCUGUGAAAUUUGAUAUUUUAUUGGACUUUUUGCAGUUACAUAAAAAUAUUUUUAAAAUAAAACAACUAUUACAAUACUUUUGGUUGAUAAUAUUUAAUAACAAAGUCACAUCAAAAUGAUAUAAAAAUUUUCUGAGACAUUUGCAAUAGAAAUAUAUAAUUUCCCCUAGGAUAACUACUACUCACUAACGGUGAAAAACAAGAUGAAAUCUAUUGAAUCUCUCAUUAUUUGUAACUUAUUUACUGACUAUAAACUUAACAGGCAGUUAGUUAUAUUCAUUGUCAUAUUUUUAGUCCAUCUUAGUUUUAUAGGGUAUUAGCAUAAGUCAUUAAUUUUUUAUUUUGUUUCAUUUAGACUGUUUUUACGAACUUUUCCAUUCAUCAAUUGUUUUUACUCAUUUUCAGAUAACUGUUUGCUCUUUUUAUUUGUAUGUUUUCAGAGCAUUAAUGUAUAAUAAAUAAUAAAGUAAAAAUGUUGUAUAGUAUCGACCAUUUUUAGAAGAAGUAUUUUAAGACUGUUCAUUCUACUUUUUGUAAUUGUAAAACAUGUGAAAGCGUUCGCAAACUAUUUGAUAAUUUGUGAAAAAUUAUUAUUUAUGUGAUUUUUAAACAAAGAUUUAUAAAGGUUUUGUGUGAUUGUUAACCAGUUUUUAUCAUAAAUGUUUCAUUACUUAGAGCUAAAUGUGAUAUUAAGCCAAAGUGAACAUAUAUAUACAGAUCUCAAAUUAUCAUUUAUAUUGCACUAUGUUCUAUCAUGUCAUUGAAUUUUUAUAUACAAACACCUACUUUAAGGUGAUGGUUUCAUAUUGCAUUAUUUUGUUUAUCCAUUUGCACAAUUGAAUGUACUCAUGUGUAAGCCUUUAUAUAAUUAGAUAAAAUAUUGCUUUAAAAUGAAUACAUUUGACUAGACAAAAAUAUUAAAACCUUUGAGCUUAAAUCAAUUUUCAAAUAAUAUAUAUAUUUUUUGUGUAUUUGUAUGAAAAUUUUAUAAAAUCAUUGUUUAGCAAAAUUUGCCGUCUCAAAAUUUCACUUUCUGUUGUUUAAUUUUAAUCCCAACUAUAACUAAAAUGUAAGCUCAAUUUUUUUUCUAUAUUUUGUAUUUACUCAUGAUUUAAUGCUCUAAAUUAUAAAAUCACAUUUAAAUUGAGCUUUUUUUUUUCUUUUUUUUUUUAAGUUGUUAUAAAAUGAGUAAAGUCUGUUAAGAAUCUGAAAACAUCUAGUUAUUUUAUAUGCCUUGUGAUGAACUUAAAAAGCUACUUAGAUUAAAAAAUUUUAUUUGUUUCAAAUACACCUUAUUUUAGUUAUUUGUUUCAAAAACUUAAUAAGCAUCAAGCAUCUGAUUUUCAGGAAACUAAACUAAUAAUAAAUUUGGAUAGUAUCUCUUGCUAUUAUCUCUUAAUGAUUUGCUUAUUACUUACUGGCUAUACUGGCAGAUACUUGGUAUUUCUUGGUAAAAAUCUAUGUCUGUUGGUUUUAUACAUAAAAAUACAUGUUUUACAUAAUUUCCUUUUUACUCAAUUCCGAAAAAAAAUUGUUAGUUACCUUGUUUCUUUUUCAAAAACCUUUGAUGAAACCAAUCAUUUUGAACAACCACCACAGUAUCUUUAAAAGAUGGUAAAAAGGUUUGUAGAAAAUUGCCUCAAUCACAUUUUAAAUGUUUGUCAAUACAGCAAUUUGUUUCUGCAAUAUUUGUCAAUAAAGGGACAAAAUGAAAAUAAUCUUGUCUCAAUAUUUUGAACUCUUAUGAUGAUGCAUUGUAUAUUAUAUAUCUGAAAUAAUAAAACUUUUGCUAUAAAA